GGGGGGAAGAGGCCUUGCUUGCGGAAAAUGGCCGCCGAGAGCAGAAGGUGGCGCUCUAGGGCGGCGUCUCUAUGACCGGGCAUGGAGUUGACUCUUCGCUUGGGUUGGGGGGCUGGAGAGCGAGCGGGCCCGAAAGAGUCCCGACGAGGAAGGGACCAGUAGCUGCAAGAGAGACGACCGUGUGGGCGCCUAAGCCGCAGCGGUGCCUGGAACUGCCCUCCUCCUGCAUCUUUAACUGCCUCGCAGUUCUGCUAAAUCCGCCCUCCUCUCACUCCCCCACCCAUUCUCCUCGUUACUCCAUUCCCCGCCUCAUCCCUCACAGCCCCACUCCCCUCAUUUUUAGACCCCCAACCUCCCCCCGCCCUGCUUCCCCCCGGUCCUUCCAGCUGCCCACCCCAGCCUAGUCUCCUCUGGGUGGCCUGAGAGGGUCUGAUCCUUCUGCACCCAGACUUCAUCGUUUUCCAUAUUCCACCCAACCGACCCCCACCCCCUUUCAAAAUCCGCUUCUCCUUAUUCCGUCUCGCAGCUCCACGCCUCUGAUUCCCUUUCAUUCCUCCACCUUUUUUUAAUUGAUAAUAUCAUUGUAAGGUGUUCUUUAAGCAGUGGUGUUCCCUGCUUCCUCUGCCCCAUAUCUCGCAGGAAGACGUUGCCCUGCCUACUUCCAGUGCAACUUUUCUCUGGUGUUGGCCGCGUGUGUGGCCAAGCCCUCUCCGCCACUACUCCUGUUGUCUUGAGAAACCCUCUUUCCCGAGUCUGCCUACCCCACCUUUCUUCUUGUAUGUAAACAAGUUUCGUUGCUUGUACUCCUUGUUGCCCUUCCUCUCAUUUUCUGCAUUGCAUACUUACUUUGCUUUUAAAUUUCAACCCUCACACUAAGCUUUCUGCAUGCUAGUUUUUAGGGGCUUGACCUGCUUAUGCAAAUAGUAUCUCCAUUUCUAUAUGUAGUAUUUUAAGGGGACGUGUAAAGACCAGUAACACUGAUCUGACUUUUUGGGCUUCUUAACUUCUUUGAAAUACUCCUUUUCUGGUUAUAAUAAUUGGGUUGGGGAAGAUCUUGCUUGUAAACUGCUUUCUUCCCCCACCCCACCCCAACCUGAUCUGGUAGUUUGAGGCUGAAGAGGAGGAUGCCAAGGAAAUUGCUGUUACCUUAUAGAUCUGUGUUUUCUCACCCUCGAGCUCCAAGGGGUUUGCAUGGUUCCUUGGCAAUGAACGCAGCCAGAAGUGGCUACCGGGUCUUCUCGGCAAACUCCACAGCAGCCUGCACAGAGCUGGCGAAGAAAAUCACUGAGCGACUUGGUGCUGAGCUCGGAAAAGCUGUGGUAUAUCAGGAAACCAAUGGAGAAACAAGGGUUGAAAUAAAAGAAUCCGUUCGAGGUCAGGAUGUGUUCAUUAUUCAGACAAUACCCAGAGAUGUGAACACUGCGGUGAUGGAACUAUUAAUCAUGGCUUAUGCACUGAGGACAUCCUGUGCCAAAAAUAUCAUUGGGGUAAUUCCCUACUUCCCCUACAGCAAACAAAGCAAGAUGAGGAAGAGAGGCUCUAUAGUCUGCAAACUCCUUGCUUCCAUGUUGGCCAAAGCAGGCUUAACACACAUCAUCACUAUGGAUCUUCAUCAAAAAGAAAUCCAGGGAUUUUUUAGCUUUCCUGUUGAUAACCUGAGGGCUUCCCCUUUCUUGCUUCAGUAUAUACAAGAAGAGAUUCCUGAUUACAGAAAUGCAGUAAUUGUAGCAAAGAGUCCUGAUGCUGCUAAGAGGGCCCAGUCUUAUGCGGAGCGACUACGGCUAGGACUAGCGGUCAUCCAUGGGGAGGCUCAGUGCACAGAGCAAGACAUGGAUGAUGGACGCCACUCUCCUCCAACAGUAAAAAAUACUACUCUGCACACUGGUCUGGAGCUACCCUUUAUGAUGGCCAAAGAGAAACCACCAAUAACAGUAGUUGGAGAUGUUGGAGGUAGAAUCGCCAUCAUUGUGGAUGACAUCAUUGAUGAUGUGGAAAGCUUCGUGGCAGCUGCAGAAAUCCUGAAAGAGCGUGGUGCUUAUAAGAUCUUCAUCAUGGCAACUCAUGGGCUUUUGUCUGCUGAUGCUCCACGUCUAAUUGAAGAGUCAUCAAUUGAUGAGGUGGUGGUAACCAAUACAGUUCCUCAUGAAGUGCAGAAACUGCAGUGUCCCAAGAUAAAGACUGUGGAUAUCAGUUUGAUCCUCUCUGAAGCCAUCCGCCGAAUCCACAAUGGGGAAUCCAUGGCUUACCUCUUCCGCAACAUUACCAUGGAUGAUUAGAUUUCUCUUUAUCAUUCCCACAUCUUCAUUCCUUAAAUAGAAGGGAGAAAAGGAAAUAUGCAUGAAACGGCAGUGCCAUAAAGUUGAUGCUAUUUGGGGGGGGGCAUUAUUAUGGGUCUGGGUGUCAAGGGACUGGUGCCAUGUGACCCAGGUAUUUGAAUUUCACUGGCCAACAGUCCUCAGAGCCAGCUAGAUCAGGGUGCAAAUAGGCAUUGCAGUCUGUUUAAAAAACUGAUACUAGUGGUGGCCUUCUGUUCUUGUUCAGCAAAUCUUGUGUAUUCAAAGAGGGCAAUUGCUUACAGAGAUUUGACUUCAUAAAUUCUCUAGUCAUGCAUGUCUUCAAGCUGUUUGGAAGGAGGUAUGAUUCUUCUUGCACUGCUGGAAUGUGCAAUGCCCUCUUACUGCCUUUGGAGUCAUUCUUAAUAUCAUGGAUGCAGCAGAGCUUCCUCUUGUGAAAUCAUCUACACAUAGAUACAUUUUAUUGCAGUCUAGGUAAUUUGAUCAGCAAUAACAUAGCUAUCUAUUAACAUAUAGGAUGAUUCUGCCUGCUGCCCAGUGCAGUGUUUCUUAAAACAUUUUACUGAGAAGGUAUGCAAAUUCAAAUCUGUUUGAGACAGUCCCAUUAUAUGGCAGCCUCCAGCUAACAGUGAAAUUGCCUACCCCUUGUGCUGUGUUGUUCUAGGGCGCUAGUGUUUGAUCUGUAAGACUCCUGCAACUGUCUAGCAUAACCUUUUCUAACUUUGUACCUUUCAGUUGUUGAGGUCCAAUGACUCCCAGCCUCCCUGAUCAUUGAGCCAUGCUGGUUGGGGCUGAUGAAGCUGUAGUCCAGAAACAUCUGGAGGGCCAUAAGUUCCCCAUUCCUGAUCUAAGCAAUAAAACUCUUGGUCAUUAGUAAGAAUGAAUAGCAUACUUAUAUGACAAAUUAACAACCUCUUUAAGGUCUGCCAAGUAACAAAACUCUCCCUUCAAGACAGUUCACAAAAUCAGCUAGUGUUAAUGGUAUUUACUCCGAUAACUGAUUAAAAGCAGGAAUGUUGCAUUUGCCAACUACUGGAGGCUGUCGUUCCACUCUGACUGGGCAAUUGGGGUGAGAGAUGACUAGGUGCAAGCCGGAGUCACUGCUUGCCUGCCUGGUGGUUGCUACUCAAAAGCCCACUCAGUGUUACUAGCUAUCAUAGAGAUGGAGAAAAGGGAAGCAAGCCUGAUGCUGUACUGAUCUGGCAGUUCCCUUUGAGGGAGCCCCUGGAACAUGACCCAGACCUUUGCAGUGGCUCUGACUGAUCCAAUCCAUCUAGCCCUACUUCCCUGCUUUGGGCCCAGUUGUUCCCUUACAUUUUCUAGGACCAGACCCAAAUUUUUUUAACAGCUCAGCUGAAGGAAGAUUUAGAUCAAGGUAGCUUUUUCCUUAUCACGGGUGGUAAUGUAACAGGAGAAAAACUGCACCUGGUGAAAUAUUUAUUCCUGAGAGUGGACUUAAAGGGAUUGAAGGUCUAAGAAACUACACCUCUGGCCAUUGUUCUUCUCAGCUUCCAACCCUCCCACCCUCCCCAGCCACCUUGUUAUUUUAACAACUCAAAUCACCAUGUGAGGGGUUUUCCCCAAGUCCCACUUUAUCAACUCCACCAGCUCUUUGCUUUAUUCUACGAUUGAACCUGUAGUAAACCUUCCUCUCGGCUCACUGCCCCUCAGCUUCCUACUGAGAGUGGCUCUAACCAUUACAGGCUCCUUCUACAGUGUAAUGACUAAAGCAGUGGAGGUGUGUGAAUUCCAGAUACUCACUGCCACUGUGGACAUGAGGCACCAGAAGCUUAGAAAGAGGAUGUGCGACUCAUCCUUUUAGUACGCUUUGUAGCAGCCAAACCACCUAGGUCCUUGGCUCAUAACAGCUCUUCUUAUCUCAGCCUCUUGCAUAGGACCUUUUCCCAGUCAAACCGAAGACAGAUACUAUAUACUAUGUUCUGUUCUGGAAAUUUCAUGUCUCAAGCUGUUGCCUGGCCUGCGCAUUGGGCUUGCUUUCAAUAAGUCAGCUUUCAUUACCUCAGCAGUUAGAACACAAAUUAACACUCCAUGGUGUCAUAGCAGCUCAGCCAAUUGCUGUCAGAGGUUUUACUACCAUGGAGUAUGUUUUUAUUUGUUUACUGCAUUACAAUAUAGAUUAUACAGGAGCAGCCAACAGAUGUUGCUAGAAUAGCUGCAAUGGGUGGGGGUUGGUGUCCAGCAACUUAUUGAGUGUAUCCCGUUGGCUACACCUGGAUUAUAAUAUCUUGAGAGUGUGGUCAAAUACUUGCAUUGAAAGAUGAGAAAACAAAAACCUGCUAUGGACUAAACAAUCCAUUUGUUAACUAAUUAUCAACAGCUACAUUCUAAGAGUUACAAUUCUAAGAGUUGUUGCGCCAAACCAUAAACGGUCCCAAUAGCCAUGGCAGCAGGAUGCUAAAACAGAAACAUUUCACCAAACAUACAAGCAGAUAUUCUGGCACACCCAGGCACGGUUUAAGUGCCUUAAGGGUGAAAUGGCAAUUCUAAUCCACACUAGAGGUUGUAAGAACAGAGCCCAAGCAUACAGUAUCUUCCAGACUGAUAAAAAUGGAAACAACUUGUAAUGUUGAAACUCUCCCUUAAUAGCCUGAGUUAUCAAAAACACAGGCGAGGCUUUCAAAAGUACCAUGCAGAGUGUCUUCUCUACUUAUCUUUGGGGGGGGGGUGUUGUCCUUCACCUUUCCCCGACAUAUUUUCCCUCCAACUCAAGCACAUUUUAAAAUGUAUAUCAUCCCAUAUUAAAUUACAGACAAGAAGACUGCAAGUCCAAGACAGGCUUUUAACUGUUCAGCAAGUAAUGUUUCCUCCACUUAUGUAUGCAAAAAUGCACACAACUACCUUACUACCUAGGUAUGUACAUCUUGUUGAGAUGCUGUCUUUUAAAAGCCCUCCCAGAUGGCUUUAAACAUAAGCAAUACCUUGGGAUAGGCUUACUAUGAAUGCUGAGCAUUAGAGCAAAGUUACUAUCGUCCAUUGCUGUGAUUUUUAUGAACUUGGAUUCAAAAUUGUCUGAGAAACUUCUAAUGUUAACAGAACAUAGUUUUAAAGUAUUAGCAGCAUUGUGUAAAGUUGUGGGUAAAGUCCCAAACAUCAUGAGGUCUCCUUUGCUCUCAAGCGGUUCAAAUAUUCAUGAUGGAUUUCUGUUACCAGUUUUACAACGAUGAAAACCACCUAUAUUCAUGUUGGAGGGUUAAAAUGUUCAUCUGUGCAUUAUCAUACUGCUUUGUUUGAACACUAUAUUGGUCCUUAAUGUUCUAAGCAAUUUGGCAGAGACAAUCGAUAUGUCAAGACCCUGGACUGCAACAAGAGGGAUGGUGGAUGAGGAUUAAAGUGAUGUAAAAGUG